CGCGCCAUCCCUCCGCCCCGCGGUCCCGCCGCCACACGCCGCGCGAGCUCGGACCAGGCGCCCGCCCCUCCUCCUCGUCCUCGCCGCGGUCGCGAAGCCCCGAGCCGGCGGAAGCCCGGUGCUCACCAUGUCGGUCGCGCUCAGCAACAGGUUCCAAGGAGGGAAAGCGUUCGGUUUGCUCAAAGCCCGGCAGGAGAGGAGGCUGGCCGAGAUCAACCGGGAGUUCCUCUGUGACCAGAAGUACAGUGAUGAAGAGAACCUGCCGGAAAAACUUGCAGCCUUUAAAGAGAAGUACAUGGAGUUUGACCUGAACAAUGAGGGCGAGAUUGACCUGAUGUCUUUAAAGAGGAUGAUGGAGAAGCUUGGGGUCCCCAAGACCCACCUGGAGAUGAAGAAGAUGAUCUCGGAGGUGACGGGCGGGGUCAGCGACACCAUCUCCUACCGAGACUUUGUGAACAUGAUGCUGGGGAAACGGUCGGCGGUCCUCAAGCUAGUCAUGAUGUUUGAAGGAAAAGCCAACGAGAGCAGCCCCAAGCCAGUUGGCCCCCCUCCAGAGAGAGACAUUGCCAGCCUGCCCUGAGGACCCCCGCCUGGACCUUCCCCACCCUCCCCACUCCUAUUCCUCCCUCCUGAUCUCACUGCCCUUCUUGACUCAUUGCGAUGUGUCUUAUUUGUUCUGUUUGGUCGUUGUGCGUUUGUUUUGUCAUCAGCAGAGUCAGUGAUCUCUUUGUAUAGCACAAGUUAUCUGCCUUAAAGGGGCUCUGGGUUGGGGAGUCCAGAUCUCCUCCUUCUCUUUUUCCCUGCAUCUCCCCUCCCUGUGCAGAAGGGCUGACAUUAAACCAAAAACCAGAGGGGGCAGGGCCAGGACAGGGAGACCAGAAGCCUGUGAUUCCCGCACUUGAAGGUGGUACUGUUCGUCCUUCCAGGUCACUUGAGCUAAGUCCUGGUACCCUGGCCUGGCCCUGGUGAGGCCCUCAGCCCCUUUCAGAAGACCCUGGAGUCGGGAUAAGGCUGCAGGGCCUCAUUAGGGUAUCCUCGGACAGCUCUGUGGUUCCAGUGCUCUUGGGUGGGCCAGGAUGUGGCCACGCAAUGUCCCACCUCCUCAGCUGGUCGCCUCUCAGUCCACACUUCGUCUUAUCCUUAGUGAGGUGACAGAAGGAGAGAAGGAGAGGGACUUGGGAAUUUGAGCCCUUCAAGAAGGUUCCAGAGGAAUCCUCUAGCCUUGCCCCCUGGCCACACCUUUACAGGCAGCUCAGAGGAAGGGUGCAGCUCCCCCUGACCCUUGCUGGGCUUCAGAGGCAGAGGGGAUCCAGGGGCCUUGGGGGAGGGGAUUCAGCUCAGUCUAGUCCCACCUUUUAGGGAGGAUGUUGAGGGCAACAGGAUAGGAGGAUGAGGACUUAAACGUUCAUGGCAAAGAGAGGCAGCACCACUGUUAAGCCAGGAGCUGAGAAAUAGGUUGCCUUUCUGAUCCCAAUCUGCUUGAAACCUGACUCUGCUUCCCCAUUUGCCUUCACACCUUCCUUACACCAUUCAUUCAUUCAUUCAUUCAUUCACUCACUCCGUCAUUCAACAGGUAUUUAUUUACAACCUAUUAUAAGCUUUAAAUCCCCCCACGUUGUCCUGACAUGUGCCAUGUCCCAUGUCUCUCUAAUUCAUCAUUCUGUUUCCAAAUCACUCAAAACCUUGAGCUUGGGGAUUAGAUUGGGAUCACCUGUGUUUUUUAUUAUGGACUAGGGUUUUAGAGCCCUGAUCCACCCUGUAGGUUAGCUGGGCCAGGCCUCUCAGUUCACAGGUGAGAAAACUGUGGUGACCCACAGGGAUUAAGUGCCUUGCCCAAAGUCAGGGGUUAAUCUGGAGAUGGAAGAUCUGGACUGGGGCCCAGGUGUUCAGAUGCCCUGCCCAUGCCUCAUCUCUGCUCUGGGCUGCCUCAAUCAGUGAUGAAAACAAGGGAAGGGGCGGAGAGGGGCAGUCUCUUAGGUCAACCCUUGGGCAAGGCCCUGGGCCAGGAUUCACCCUUCCCAGUGCCUCCGAGGUAGCAUCAGCAGGGACCCCAGCCUUGACCCUACCUGUAUUCUGGAGUCCCUUCCCCUGCCCGCUCAGGACUUAGAUGCACUCAUCCAUUGAACAUGUUUAUUAACCACCUGUUAUGGGCCAAGAGCUAAGAACCCAGUAGUGAAAUGGACAGACUCAUGGAAUUUAGAGUCUAGUGGGGAAGUCAGACCCAGGCGAUGAAUGUUAGGAAAGGGGAGGAUAUGAGGUGACUGCCUGGCAAUCCUGGGGGCCUAACUGGGCCCAGCACUGGGCAAGGGUCUUGGAGAAGCCUUCGCAAACCUGAAGCGGAGAGCUAUGGGGGGCGCUGGAGCCCGUGGGAGCUCCCUGUGGCUCCUCUCACCCGUAAUCAAGGGCCCAAGGAGCUGACUUUACAGCAGCUGGAGGGAGUGGAGCAGGUAAGGGAUGGGGAAACGGCCAGGUUGGGUUAAUCCACUGGUCUCGACCAGUUCAGGAACAAGACUAUUUGGCCAUGACAGGCUGAUCUUCAGCCUAAGAAGGUACUUCAGAUGCAUAAGCCUAGUUGAAGUUUAAACCCCAGCAAAAUAUUCCACCCUGUAAAUGUAAAAUCUCACCCCCACUCCCUCCCCUGCCUUUUUUUUUCCCCCUGAGAUCCUUAGGUGAGCAACUGCCUGUCUCCACCCCUUCCCACUGCCUCUCCUUUCUGGGACAGGCUGAGACCUUUGAGCAAGGUAAUGCCUUCCUUGACUACCCAUCAUAGUCAGUGUAUCUGUACCUCACUCAGACAGGAGGACAGAACCAACCAGGCUUAUUUCAGCGGGAUACACACUUUACAAGACUGCAGGAAAACUUCUUAAGGGAGGAGAGCAAGUGGGUGUGUCCCCAGCUUCUAGAAAGGGCAGGAAAGAGUUCUCUCAUUGGAUGGGGAGUGUCCUGGGAAACUCUACCAGCUCCUUCAUCAUUUGGAAUUCAACUUCCAGAGGGAGAGGGUCUCAAGAGUGAUCCCUGGAAAGGGGGGGGGCGGUGGUCUGCACGUAUUUCAGGUUGUGGCUAUUAGCUCUAGGACUCUUACUUCUCUGGCUAAGGGCUCAGCUUCUAGAAGUUCAACUGUCUUCUUUCUGAAAGACCAAAUCUAACUAAUGUAACCAGCAGCUUGGGAACUGCCGAGUAUGGCUCUGUCCCUGCCAUUCAAAAGGAAGGAGUGUGUCGGGCAAGUUCAAGUGGAUGCGGUAUGCGUGUGCGUGUGUGUGUUGAGUGUGUGUGGUACUGGACUGGAAAUAAAACAGACAAACUUAUCAAC